AUGGCUGAAACAGAAAAAGUUACUUGUGUAAACAUGGAGGUUUUUGGCAUCACAACUUCUCUGAUUAUUUCCUCACUUCUUCUAGUUUCAUUUCUUCUACUUGUUUACUCUAUAUUGAGAUCUGAUCGAAGCAGACACAACUUUCCUCCUAGCCCACCUAAGCUUCCAAUCAUUGGAAACUUGCAUCAACUAGGGAAACCGCCUCAUCGUGUUCUUCAUAAGCUAUCUCAAAAAUAUGGUCCGGUAAUGCUUUUACAACUCGGCAGUGUACCGACACUCGUAAUUUCGUCUGCUGAAGCUGCUAAACAAGUCUUGAAAACACGUGAUUCUGAUUUUUGUACUAGACCUCCGUUGGCAAGUGUGAAACGUCUUUCUUAUAACUACGUAGAUAUCGGGUUUGCACCUUAUGGGGAGUACUGGAGGGAUGUUCGAAAAAUAUGUGUUCACGAGGUAUUUAGUGUGAAAAGAGUGCAAUCCUUCUGUGUAAUUAGGGAGGAAGAAAUCGCAGCUUUAGUUGAUUCCAUAUCAAGAUCCUCUUCCGCUUCUCCUGUUGCUCUUAUUGAUGUUUAUCAGAAAAUUUUAUGUCUUAUGGAUCAAGUUGUUUGUAGAGUGUCAUUUGGCAAGAGUUUUCACCAGAAUCGUAUUAACGAUACUGAUGAAUAUCUUCCUAUCGAGCUUAGAAAAGUAUUUCAUGAACUAGGCAUUGUGUUGCAGAGUUUUUCUGCGUCCGACGUGUUCCCUAAGGUAGGUUGGAUUUUGGACAGGCUAACUGGAUUUCAUGGGAGGCUAGAAAAAUGUUUUUGUAGUCUUGAUAAGUUUUUUCAGCAAGUCUUAGAUGCACAUCUUGAUCCAAAUAAACCGAAACCUGAUUAUGAAGAUGUCAUUGAUGUUUUGUUAAACGUUGAAAAGGAUAAUCGUCUUAGUAACGGUCGUCGUCUCAUGAGUGAUCAUAUCAAAGCAAUUAUUAUGAAUUUAUAUAUUGCGGGAGCAGACACAUCUGCUAUAACCAUGACUUGGGCACUGGCAGAAUUGAUAAGAAAUCCUGAAGCUAUGAAGAAAGUACAAGAAGAAGUUAGAAAUUAUGUAGGAAAAGACAAAGAGAAAGUAGAAGAGAAGGAUCUUCACCAUUUCCAGUAUCUAAAAAUGGUGGUCAAGGAAACAUUAAGACUACACCCACCCGCUCCAUUGUUGAUUCCAAGAGAAUGUAUGGUGAACAGUAGCAUCGAUGGAUAUGAUGUCAAAGCGAAAACAAGAGUCGUUAUAAAUGCAUGGUCUAUCGGUAGAAAUCCGGCAUAUUGGGAAAAUCCAAAUGAAUUUUACCCAGACAGGUUCGUUGAUAACUCUAUGGAUAUUCGAGGAAUGCAAAAUUUCGAGUUCUUAGCGUUUGGUGGUGGAAGAAGAGGUUGUCCCGGUAUUCAUAUGGGACUCGUAAUGGUUGAACUCACUCUCGCCAAUCUACUCUACUGUUUUAAUUGGGAAUUACCAAGCGGGAUGAACAAGGAAGACGUAAAUAUGGAAGAAACAUCUGGAAUGGCUAAGCGUAUGAAAUAUCCUCUUCAUCUUGUACCUGUCAAAGUUUAG